CUUUGUUUGGUCUCUUGUAGUGGUUGGUCUGCUUAGCUUUGUUGGUCUGCUCAAUUUUGUUUACUGGUUGGUGGCUGCUCAGUUAAUGUAUUCUGUUUUAGUGGUCGGUCUGAUUAUGAUAAGCUGGGCUUUUUGGCAUUGAAAAAAAAAGAAAAAGAAAGUAAUAUAAGUAACCUUAAUUAAGCCAAGAAAAGAAAAUGUAUGGACAGAUAUAUUUUUGUUUUAUUUUUUUUCUGCAUUUUGCUUUUGGCUUUGUUUUAGUCUGAUGAAAUAGGAUGAGUGGCCAAAUUUCUCUAAGUUAUCUUGUGGUAUUUGUUCUUGUGUAGGAAAGUCCAGAGCAAGAGAUGCUGCAUUAAAUGCCGUUCAAUCACCUUUAUUAGAUAUUGGCAUAGAGAAGGCCACUAGAAUUGUCUGGAACAUAACUGCUGGUAGUGAUUUAACUUUGUUUGAGAUAUGGCAAAGAAACGAUUUAGAACUUGCAAUCUUGAGAAGGAGUCCCAAAAUAAGCGAUCAAAUGGCUCUUCACAACCUAGUUGGUCACAUCCCUCCUCACAUGCUCCAUCACAUGUUCCACACGCUCAACCUCAAGAAUCAGAGGUUAACCCUCAGUUUGAAGAUGAUUUAGAUGAGGACUGGUUAAGGGAAGAAGAAAUGCAACGUACAGAUGAAUCGACCAAGCGAAACACGCGGGGAAUUACACGUAUGGUUGAAGUGUGGAAUUUGACUCUAGAAGAACGCAUUAUGCUCACCUUCAACAAGGAUUUGCAGGCUGUUUCUACAGAGGGUGGUAUAUUCAGUCGCUUCAUAGGCACCAUUGCUAGGAAGCCACACUUAUGCCCAAUUAAGUACAAGAAUUGGCAUGAAGUGCCAGAUCAGUAUAAAGAAGAUUGUUGGAUUAUUAUCGAGUCCAAGUUUGCCAUUCCUCAAGAUGAGAGAAGGGAUAUGAUUAGGCAUCGAACAUUGAAGUCAAUGGGAGAGAAACGGAGAAAUUGGAAAUGUAGUUUAAAAGCAAAGUACUAUGAUGAGACAAAGACAGCAGCACAGAUAGUAGCUACUGCACCUCUAACAGUUAACCGUGAGCACUAUGCUGACCUUGUCGCGUAUUGGUUUUCAAAGGAAGGACAGGAACUUAGUGCAACCAAUAAGGAAAGCAGGCGAGAGCAAACAAGUGCACAUACAGCAGGAUCUAAAACUUAUGCACAACAUGCAUAUGAUAUGGAGCAAAAAGAUAAGAUUGCACUAGAUCGAGCAAAAUUAUAUAUACCGCUUCACAAAAGGAAAGAUGGGACACCAGUCAAUGAAGCAGCAGCUACAAAAAUUGAAAAACUAGAAGCUUUGAUGAGCUCACAACCAAGCAGCUCCGAAGGAAAUGUUGGUGGACGUAUAUCUUGGUCACCAAAUGAUAUUUAUUCUCAGGUGAUGGGUAAAGAGCAUCAUGGUCGUGUUCGAGGUUUAGGAUUUGGGCCUACUCCUUCCAAGCAUGGUUUCAUGUGUAAUAAUUUUGACCACUUAAGAAUGGUUUCUGAUGAAGAGAGAAUGAGAGACAAAGACACUAUAAUUGAGUUGAAGGAACAACUAAAAACUCAAGGUGAUCAGUUACAAACUCAAGGUAUUCAGUUGCAAGCUCAAGAUGCUGUAAUAAACUCUUUAAAAGAGCAAGUAGCAUUUUUGAUGAGUCAGAGACAUAGUUCUAGUGGUUUGCAGGCGACAGAUGGAUGUAGUGGCAUUCCGGACCAAGCUUCUCCGCGAACACAUCAAAGAACCUCUUUUCGGAGUCAUGAAAUGCAACCUUCUAAUCGAGGAAAUAAGAUAAUAUGAAGUAUCAAACAAUGGACGUCAUUUCUCGAUUUGAACAUUUUUCAUGGAGAUCUUUAUAAAAUGGUGUCACGAGUAAUACUUUUGAGUACUAUUGUUAUGUGACAAGUUUUUCUUUUGGAUUAUGGUGUGGGCUAUUAGUUUGCUAGAAACAUUGGAACUUUUUGUAUUACAGGCUUAUGUAAUGAACCUUUUAAUUAAGGUGUUUUGGAUAUUUUGGGAUUAUGAAAAUGCAGACUCUUUUACCUUUUA